AUGGCAGACUCUGCGCUCCUCUUCGUCUGGCACCUGCUGCUCUACGUCCUUUCUGCUUUCUUGUCAUACCUCCUGAACUACCCGAUCAAUGGACAACAUCUCCGAAUCGGACGUCUCUCCCUGGCCGCUGCUUAUGACAUAUCUUACGAAGGAACGCUAUACGACAAAGCCUACUCGUUCAAAUACACAACAGCCUCUAUCUCCUGGCGAUUCUUCUUCCCGCGCUCCGACAACCCGCGCUGGCUUACCAUCACCGCGCGCGACAUCCUCUAUACCUCCUCCAGCGGCGACAUAUCCACCACGACGCUCGAAACCGUCCUCUGGUUCUUCCCCUUCCUCUUCCGUUUCACUGCUGGUCCAUGGGCGAACGUGAGUGUCGACGGCCUACGCAUCCGCGUGCAGAAGAGCACAGCGACACCGUACUGGAUCCAAGUCAUGCGCGAGACCCUUGUCAGCACGUUCCUCACGGGCGAGUUCCUCCGCGCGGACGUCUUCCGCACCACCGUCCGCUUCGCCGGCCUCUCCGAGCACCCAGACGACAAACCAGCCGCGACAAUGACGACGAACCCUGCGGGCCCGCUGCGCCCGCAAGAUGAAGACGAAGUGCGCUUUGGGGCGCUCGCGCGGCGGGUGCACAUCAACGACACGCAAGGCCGGAUAUGCACGUUUGGGAGCAUCGACGCGCAGCUGCGGAGGAACUGGGCAGCGGACCGGGGGAGCUUCGCGAUGGUCGCGGAGGAGUGCCGCUGGGUGCGAGUGCAUUUUCCGUUCGAGUGCGUCGCCGCGCGAGGGUGGUAUGCGCAAAUGCUCACAUCGCUGCUGCACUUCCCGAUCGACCUUGUUCGCACGUUUAACGACCCGAGCAGCAGCAUAAACCUAUACGUCUCGCGCCUCGACGUCACCUUUGACUCUUUCCGGAUCCGCGACGCGGAACUCGUACGCCAGGCCUUCGUGCUCGCCCGCGAAAAAACUAUCACGAGCAACAUAGCUUGGAACGAUGUUUUCUUCGACGCGCUUGCGGACGCGCUGUCGCUCCGCUGA